GGGAGCGAGGUGUCUCCCUCGCUGUCUCCCUCGCUCUCUCCCUCUGGCAAGUGGAGUUUUUAAAAAGCUCGAGCAGAUCAUGUCAUGACGACUUCGCUGCUCCUGCACCCGCGCUGGCCGGAGAGCCUUAUGUACGUCUAUGAGGACAGCUCGGCAGAGAGCGGAGGAGGCGGCGGCGGCGGAGGAGGAGGAGGCGGCGGCGGAGGAGGGGGGGGAAGCUGCAGCGGAGCCAGCCCCGGCAAAGCCCCGAUCAUGGACGGACUGGGCGGCAGCUGCCCCUCCAGCCACUGUCGGGACCUUCUCACCCACCCGGUCCUGGGCCGGCCUCCGGCUCCCCUGGGCGCCCCGCAGGGCGCCGUCUACACGGACAUCCCCGCCCCAGAGGCGGCCCGCCAAUGCCCCCCGCCGCCGGCGCCCCCCACCUCGUCCAGCGCUACCCUGGGCUACGGCUACCCAUUCGGGGGCAGCUACUACGGCUGCCGCCUGUCCCACAACGUGAACUUGCAGCAGAAGCCCUGCACCUACCAUCCCGGGGACAAGUACCCCGAGCCGUCGGGGGCCUUGCCAGGCGACGACUUAUCCUCCAGGGCCAAGGAGUUCGCCUUUUACCCCAGCUUUGCCAGCUCCUACCAGGCGAUGCCCGGCUACUUGGACGUGUCCGUGGUGCCGGGCAUCAGCGGGCACCCCGAGCCCCGCCACGACGCCCUCAUCCCCGUCGAGGGCUACCAGCACUGGGCGCUCUCCAACGGCUGGGACAGUCAGGUGUACUGCUCCAAGGAGCAGUCGCAGUCAGCCCACCUCUGGAAGUCUCCUUUUCCAGACGUAGUCCCCCUGCAGCCUGAGGUCAGCAGUUAUCGAAGGGGUCGAAAGAAGCGAGUGCCCUACACGAAGGUGCAGCUGAAGGAACUCGAGAAGGAGUAUGCGGCCAGCAAGUUCAUUACCAAAGAGAAGAGGCGGCGGAUCUCAGCCACCACUAACCUCUCAGAACGCCAGGUCACCAUUUGGUUCCAAAACCGUCGAGUCAAAGAGAAGAAGGUGGUCAGCAAAGCUAAGGCGCCCCAUCUCCACUCUACCUGACCUUGGAGCCCUGAGCCCUCCCUUGCCUCCCCACCUAUUUAUAUCCUACUUUGUACCAUAAAAGGAGCCCACCGAUGGACACUUCGACGGUGAAUUGACUAUUUAAUAUUAAUACUAAUAAAUAUUAAUGUGGAGGAAGAAAGGAAGGAAGGAAGGAAAGAAGAAAGGAAGGAAGGAAGGAAGGAAGGAAGGAAGGAAGGAAGGAAGGAAGGAAGGAAGGAAGGAAGGAAGGAAGGAAGGAAGGAAGGAAGGAAGGAAGGAAGGAAGGAAGGAAGGAAGAUUGCAGUGGGUGUGGAGAGGGCAUAUACACAUUCCCUUUCCCCACCCCACUACUGUUCCAGGUGGAAAAUAGAGCUUUGGAUCCGGAAACAUUUGGGCUCAUAUGGGUUUUAGGGGCUGGAUUCCAAUCAGUGGCUGAUGAGCAGUUUAGGCACAACCUUCAGGAAGAAGGUUGAGCCUUCAUCCUCCUCAUUGUGUCUUCCUUCCCAGCCAUUCACACUUUGACCCUCACUUUCAGACCCCCCAGAAAAAGAUAUGAAGGGUAGAGAUGAAGUUCAGUGUCAUUAUGGUAAAAUCUGGAUUUUUGACUCUACCCCUGGUAUUCCUGGGAGCAAUACAAACUCCCCCUAAUGAAGGCUUGUGGGGUAGGAUAGAGAGGAUUAACUUUUCCCUCUCAGAUCUUCACCACUUCCUGUUGGGCAGUUGUUUUGAAAGAUAUCCCAAUAAGUUGUGUGUAUAUUUUAAAAGUCAAUAUUAAUAAUUAUUAUGAUUUGGCCUGGGGGGUGGGGGGAGUCCAAGACCCAGUGCCUGGACCUGCCUUUUGUAUCUCUGUACUAUAUUGUUCCUUCCCAAGCUUUGAUCCUCACUCCCUUUUGGCCUCAUCCUGCUUCUGUGGCUCCCUCAAAAGUCCUACUCUGGAAGGCCUUCCAGAUGUUAAGACCCCAGCCCUGAAUCACUCCAUAGAAGUCUUGUCCUGAGCCUGUAUUGGGCUAUUUCCUCUACAACUCUCCUCACUCUAUUAGAAGUCCAAGAAAGACACGAAGAUAAUAACGAAGCUGCUAACAUGUUUAUUUCUUAUUGAGAAUGAGGAAGGGGCUAGGAACCCAUUUUAUUUUAAGAGGAAAAACACAAUUUUCACUUAAAAAUGAACAGCAGAGUAUUUCACACACUAGAGGCUUCCUUUCCUCUUUGACUAGAGCUCAGGAUGCUUCCACAACAAGAGAAUCAUUUCUGAUCCAAAUCAUUUUGGCCCCAAUACUUUCCUUGACCUCCUCUAGGAACCAGAUUCUUCAAGCAAAAUCAGUUUUCUUGGAGGGAGCCUGAAUUAAUCCUGCUUUCUGGGGCAAAGUAGACAUGUCUUAAUAGUUCCUUCCAUGAUGACCAGCCCUGGGUUGUCAGGGUUCCAGGCUUUUUUCCCAGUUCUCUCCCACCCUCCACUAGCACCUCACAAAACAGUGUUCUUUGGGAAAAAAAUAUCACUCUAAAAUUUCUCUCUUUUUUUUUAAUGUCUUGUAUCUGUAUAUAGUAUUGUGGUGUCCGAAUGACAAUGUACUGAAUGCAAAAAGAUAAAAAUAACAAACCUGUUUUUAAAAUAAAAUAUCUUUUUUUUUUGGUCUUGA